GUGAGGUAGAGGGUCAGGGGUUAGUGAGGCCGGAAGUGAGUGUAAUAAAGUUUCUCCGGGGAGGCCGGGCCCAGGGAGAAAGUUGGAGCGGCGACUUAAGCAGGCGGAGGUGUGAUCCGGAACCAGAUCGGCCCGCGGUGCGGUGCGGAGACUCCAUGAGGCCCUGGUGAGUCUUGACUUUUUUUCUCCUCAGGCGACUCACUCCUUCACCCCGGAACCCCUCUCUCGGGACCCCACUUCCGGUCUUCACUGAUAAGCCCCGCCCCUGAGACCCCUUCCCGGAAGUCCCACCUUCUGGGGGCUCCCCGAACCCCGACUUGUCUUUCCCCGCGACCCCGCCCUGUUCCCUAGCUUUCCUGGAAGUUCCACCCCCAGACAUGCUUCCGAGCCCUACUACAGUGAAGCCUUCCUUAGUCCUUCAGUUCUCCGUAACAACGCCUUCGCGCCGUGAUUCUCCGCUAACUCUUGUCUGUCAAAAGCAGAGCUUCCUAAACUGCCUGGGGUUGGAACUCAAAGGACUUGACUUCGUUGACCACGCCCCCAGGAGGCCGCCUUCCCGGGGCCCCACCCCUUCCGUAAUCCCGCAUCCCGAGGCCCGGUCUUGUCUUCAGGCUUUUUAGGGGCCGCGCCCCCUUCGGUGAUUAAUUCGGCCCUGCGGGACCCAGGCCGUCACCUCCCAAGUCUUGUGUUCUUUUGCAGACCUUUCACCCGUGUACAUUUUCCUGCCAUUUCUCUCUUUGGGCCUUGGGCUCAGUUCUGCACCACCUGGUGGGAAGUUCCAGCUCCCACCUCUGGCUGUGAGGACAGCUUGGAAGCAGCCUUUCUCUUUCAUCCUCUUCCAAGGGUGGAUCUACGAGGGGUUCAGCACGACAGUGGGAGAGAGACUUGCUCAGAGAUUCUAGGAACAGCUAUGGGUCGAACCUGUCCGUGGCUAGAGAAGAGCUGUGGAUGUUACUUGUGGACAGGAGCAAAAGCUUUCUCCAGAAAACGGUGGUUUGGAGCCAGAGUAGGGAUCAGUGUCCCUUUUGUUCUUUAAGCAACUCCUCAGUCCCUCCUCCCCUUUUCUCUGUCUUCCUCUUCCCCUAACCAGACCUCCCACUGGGCCUUCUUUUUUUUUUUUUUUUUUUUUUUGGCCCCCCCUUUGCCUGGCCUUCCUUACUGGAAACAUUCUUGAAGAUUUCGCCAUUUCCUGCUACUUCCCGCCCUUUUUGCUGCCUCCCUGCAGUGCUAAGAAACAACACACGCCCCCCCAUCACCUGAUCUUCCAGUAGGAAACUCAUUUCUCCCUGUGCAGAUGAAAAGUCACACUUCCUUACUUCCACAUGCCCAUACCUGUUGGCAAUUUCCUGCCUCUGGAUACUCUAGGUACCCACGGUGCCACUUCUAAAGAUGUGGGCAUUGUAGUAUUUUUUUGUGUGUUGGCGGAAUCCAUCCUCAGUCUUUUAUGCCGGAAGCUGAGGCCUUAGCAAAUGGGGUAAAUAGAAUUCCUCAAGUCUGGGCAGCACUGACAAAGCUUUGCUAGGAUGAAGACCUAAGGGGAGGUGAAGUAGGCAAGGUAUCUAUCAUAUUUUAAGUGUUCCUAUAUACACCCCACCCUUGGAGGAUUGAACUACCCCCCCAGGUGUUACUAUUGUUAAUCAUUGUAGCAAGGAUUGCUUUAGUUCUCUGAGGCAAUUUAAGGGUAAUUCUGAGGUGAGCCUGGGGGAAGAUGUAUGUUUUACUUAUAUUUUUGCCCCUUUCCAACUUCCUGUGUGGCCUCCUCAAGCAGAGCUGUGGCAGGAAGCUGUGGGUAGAAUGGGGUUGGGACUAUUCCUUGUGUCCAACCUCAGCCCAUAUUCUUGCACCUCUUCCUUUUGUCCUUAUUGACAACAGACUUCUCUUGUGACCUCUCUCUCUUGUUUUUUGAGACAGGUUCUUUUAUGUAGCUCAGGCUGGCCUUGAACUCACUAUGUAGCCCAGGCUGGUCUCAAAUCCUCCUGAGUGCAAAUGAUCUUCCAGCUUUAGCCUUAGAUGGGAUGGAGGCAUGAGCCAUGCCCAGUGCUCUUUCUCACCUUAGCUUCUUGCUUUGGUAACUAGGGCUGUGGGGAGAGUACAGUGCUUGACCUAGGGCUGUUGCUCCUGGGUUGGUAGGUGUCACGCAUAGAGCAGGCUGCUUGACCCUCUUGCUCCAGUCUUGCUUGUAGCUCCCUGCUGCACUUCCUAAGUUGGACUUGAUGCUCCCCUUACUUCACCAGCUUUGCUUUUCCUCUUGGCCCUGCUCUACAUCCACUGGGACCCUUUUUUUCCCUUUCCCAUUUACCCUCACUCCAGUUCACAGCUGUUGUAGCACAGGAUGCUAAUGGGCCAGGCCCCCUGAGGCCACCACCACACUGUACGUGGCAUUUGUGGGGGGGCUGCAUGGGCUGGAGGAUGGAGGAAUUCUCGUGGCAGGAAGGGAAAUGCUGAGCUCUGGGAUCCCCGCCCUUUCCACGCCUGCUGCCUGUUUCCUCCCUCGUUCCCCCUUAGCGUCUCCUGGCUUCCUGCUCUCUGGAGCCUGCCCAUGUCCGGUUUGGGAGUAAUCUAGACCUUCCCUUAUCUCUUUCCUUUCUUUCCUACGCUCCAUCCUUCCCUUCUACUCACCCCACCCCCGCUUUCCUGCUCCCCGGAUUACUAGUUGUUUUUGUGGAGCGGGAGGAAGGGGCACAGCCAGCCGCUCUCCUGCUGGAGUUGGAGCCCGGGCCGCGGUGGUAGGGCUCAGCCCCUCUGAGCCUGUGAGUCAGCACUGUCCUCGGAUUGGUCGCUCCCCUGCGAUCCCCGCCCCUGGGAGGAGCCAGGCCGCUCUAGGUUCAGCCUGUUCUCUUCUCUUUACCAGAGAAGAGGCUCUGUUCUGGGCGGGGAUGGGGCUGGCCGCUGUCUGGGUCUGACCUGGGGGAGCGGAAGCCACUGGUCCCUCUCCCACCCCACGACCUCUGUGAGCCCUGGGCUGCAGAGGUCCGGCCAGGAUAAGGGCUGGGGAUGCCCCCUGCCUGGCCCCCUUGCGGGGGGCCGGGCUGGGCCGGGCAGCAGCCGGUCUUACCCCAGUCAUGGAUCUCCUACCCCCCAAGCCCAAGUACAACCCACUUCGGAAUGAGUCUCUGUCAUCGCUGGAGGAGGGGGCUUCGGGGUCCAGCCCGCCGGAGGAGCUGCCCUCUCCGUCGGCCUCCUCGCUGGGGCCCAUCCUGCCUCCUCUGCCUGGGGACGACAGUCCCACAACCCUGUGCUCCUUCUUCCCUCGGAUGAGCAACUUGAAGCUGGCCAACCCGGCUGGGGGGCGCUCGGGGCCUAAGGGGGAGCCAGGCAGGGCAGCCGAGGAUCGGGAGGGAAUCCCAGGGACAGCUGUGCUGGACUCAGGCCCCCUGCCCCUCCUCCAGGACAUGAACAAGCUGAGUGGAGGCGGCGGGCGCAGGACUCGGGUGGAAGGGGGCCAGCUGGGGGGCGAGGAGUGGACCCGCCACGGGAGCUUUGUCAAUAAGCCCACGCGGGGCUGGCUGCAUCCCAACGACAAAGUCAUGGGACCCGGGGUUUCCUACUUGGUUCGGUACAUGGGCUGCGUGGAGGUUCUGCAGUCCAUGCGCGCCCUUGACUUCAGCACCCGGACUCAGGUCACCAGGGAAGCCAUCAGUCUGGUGUGUGAGGCAGUGCCGGGUGCUAAGGGGGCGACCCGGAGGAGAAAGCCCUGUAGCCGCCCUCUCAGCUCCAUCCUGGGGAGGAGUAACCUGAAGUUCGCUGGAAUGCCAAUCACCCUCACUGUGUCCACCAGCAGCCUCAACCUCAUGGCCGCAGACUGCAAACAGAUCAUUGCUAACCACCACAUGCAGUCUAUCUCAUUUGCGUCUGGAGGGGAUCCGGACACAGCCGAGUACGUCGCCUAUGUUGCCAAAGACCCUGUGAAUCAGAGAGCCUGCCACAUCCUGGAGUGUCCCGAGGGGCUGGCCCAGGACGUCAUCAGCACCAUUGGCCAGGCCUUCGAGCUGCGCUUUAAACAGUACCUCAGGAACCCACCCAAGCUGGUCACCCCCCAUGACAGGAUGGCCGGCUUCGAUGGCUCAGCGUGGGAUGAGGAGGAGGAAGAGCCACCUGACCAUCAGUACUACAAUGACUUCCCGGGGAAGGAGCCCCCUCUCGGGGGGGUGGUGGACAUGAGGCUCCGGGAAGGAGCCACGCCGGGGGCUGCUCGGCCCACUGCACCCAGCACCCAGGCCCCCAGUCACCUGGGAGCUACACUGCCCAUUGGGCAGCCGGCUGUGGGAGACCCAGAAGUCCGCAAGCAGAUGCCGCCUCUUCCACCCUGCCCAGGCAGAGAGCUCUUUGACGAUCCCUCCUACGUCAACGUCCAGAACCUAGACAAGGCCCGGCAAGCAGGGAGUGGGGCUGGACCCCCCAAUCUUGCUGUCAAUGGCAGUGCUCCCCGAGACCUCUUCGACAUGAAGCCAUUCGAAGAUGCCCUUCAGGUGCCUCCACCUCCCCAGUUGAUGUCCAUGGCUGAGCAGCUCCGAGGGGAGCCCUGGUUCCAUGGGAAGCUGAGCCGGAGAGAGGCUGAGGCACUGCUGCAGCUCAACGGGGACUUCCUGGUGCGAGAGAGCACGACCACGCCUGGCCAGUAUGUUCUCACCGGCCUGCAGAGUGGGCAGCCAAAGCACUUGCUUCUGGUGGACCCUGAGGGUGUGGUUCGGACAAAGGAUCACCGCUUUGAGAGUGUCAGUCACCUCAUCAGCUACCACAUGGACAAUCAUUUGCCCAUCAUCUCUGCGGGCAGCGAACUGUGUCUGCAGCAGCCUGUGGAGCGGAAGCUCUGAGCCGCCUGCCUGGCCACUCUCCCAGAUGCCCUCUGGCCCCUUCCACCCUCUUCCCUAACUCUCAGGACCUCACUUGGGAGUGUUCUGUGGGCUUGGCCUUGGUAGGAGCUGGGAGUGAUAUGGACACUGGGUUCCCUCUGGGCCGAAAGAGAGGACUGAGUCACGAGCCUGGGGCAGAAACCUGCCUCUCCCAAACCUCACCAAAGUGUUAAUGCACAGAGUGGCCUCCUUGCUCAGGCCUUGUCUGUGCCAAUCUGUUGCCUCUUUCCCCAAGAAGGGGCGCUUGCUAUGGGAAGUGCCUCGAGGUGACAGGCCCGGUCGAGCCAUCACCCUCCAGGGGCAGGGGCCACGAAUUCCACCUCUGGUCUCCUGGGCUUCAGGGCGCUUGGACCCCUCAGCACUUCCCCUCCCCGUGUUUGACUGCGUGCCUUUGACCAUCUCCUUGGUCUGAAGAUAUUCUAUGCAGAGUUCUCAAGGCCCCCAAGUUCAAGUACGGAGGUGCUGAUGCUCUCCUGGUUUCCGGGACCCUGUCCUCUCUGCUCUGCACCCUCCCUGGUGUGGGCUGGGGAAGCAGGCAGGAGUGACAGCCGUCCUCUAUCCAUGGGGAUGUGCAGCACUCAGAGCAGGCCCUAGAGCCUCCUGCUCAGUGCCUUCCGGGCCCUCCCCUGGGCCUGUGUGUACAUCUCCAAGCCCUGGCCCUCCUGUGACGUGCAUUCUGUAUCUGCAGCCAGAGUGCAGCCCCUCUGCCUGUCGCUGGCCCUGCCUCUUCUGGGCAGUGGGGUGACUGAAUUUUGGCCUCCCCUGUGGUUGACUCCUGGGUGGGCUUUGUGGAGGUGGGGAGGGGGGCAUUGAGAUUUAAAGCAGCAGACAAUCCCCAAAUGCCACCUGUAGAUUUGGAACCACUCGUUUUUUUAUAUGUGUAUGUUAUAGGGCUGUAGACUUACUGUCCUAAUUUUUGUUUUCCAUGGCUUUUGGGCACAAAGUGAUAAUUGAUUACAUUUAUACAUCAUCUCUUUGACUUUUCUGAGCCCUUUUACAACUCUUGGCAUUUCCCCACCGGCAGCAUUAUCUUUUUUACAAGAGAGACUCGAGGCAGACGGUGAUUCUGUCCUAGGACUGAAAAACUUGGGGCUUCUCCAGGCGACUGUGCUGUAUGCAGUGGGAGCUUAGGGCCCGCGGGCGCCGAGGCCUGGCGGGCCCCUUGCUGGUCCGCAGCCAGGGUUUUCCAUCCCGGCCGCCGCCUUUUUUUGUUUGGUUGUGUUCACGGGUCUCGCUAUACCAAAGGGAAACUCUUCAUUAAAGUCCGUAUUUCUUCUAUCUCCGCCUCUUAGCUCCUGUCGCGAGCGGGAGGUGCUCACU